CGCGAGUAGGAGGAAACCGGAGGAAAUGAUUCAGUGUCGAGCGAGCCGCGAUUGCGUUUCUCGUUUUGCUAGCUGUCAGAGUCAUUGUCAAUUUCAUCAUCGCGAUUCCGAUGGGACGACGUAAACGGGAUAGGUUCCGAGAUGCUCCCAAUCGCGUCGAUUACGCGGGAUCUCUCGUAGGAUGAAUAUUAACGGAAGAAGGUGACCUGAUUAAUCCGCCGAAGAGAACGGCCUCGAAAACGUGCCAUGUGAUUAGGACGCGUUGAUGAAAAAUUGAUUCGCGACUGCUCUCGGCGAUGAGCGCGUUAAUUUGCCCGAUUCUACGCCGCAGCUUACGAGCGAUAAGUAUUUCUGGCGAAGGAAACUGAAAUUAACUGACGCGUUUAUCGUCCUCGGUUUCCGCCGAGUUGAGCAAGAAGCAGCUCGCGAUUCAGGAGAGGCAGAGGAAACGACGAAACAGUCGACACAUGUAGCAUUCGGGCAUCGGUAUAAUGAAGCCGUCCAUGAAGAUGGGAGUGAUCGCUUUGAUAGGGAUCUGCGUAGUUUUUUAUCAGUAUCACCUGUCCACCGGCGUUACUUUCGAUCAAGUAACGGCCUUCAAUGCGGACAAUCCCGCGGAAGACACCGGGGAUUUGCCGGUCGGUGAAGAGAGCGAUAACUACAGCAAAACCCCGAGGAUCUCCGAGGACAUGAUUCGGUAUGCCGUGUACCGAGUACAAAUUACUAACGGCCUGAGUCCGGAGAUCAGCUCGAUGCUCGUGCAAGAGCUUAUCAAUCAGUUAAGUAAAAAUGUCUCGGCGGCCUCGAGAAAUAAUCCCAAGCUUUCGCUUUUGCAAUCGCAACCGCCCGCGACAAUGACACAUAAGACGGUACCGCCGAAUCCUUCCGAAGAACCCUCCGAGGAAACCCUCUACAUUAUCACGCCGACAUAUCGAAGACCCGAGCAGAUUCCUGAACUCACCAGGAUGGCGCACACCUUGAUGUUGAUCAAGAAUGUGCAUUGGCUCGUUAUCGAGGACGCUACGGUCGCUACCAAGCAAGUUACCAAGCUAUUGGAACGAACGGGUUUAAAGUUCGAUCAUUUAAUCGCUCCGAUGCCGGAGAAAUAUAAACUCAAGAAAGGUGCGAAGCCGCGGGGAGUGUCCAACAGAAAUCGCGGUUUACAAUGGAUCAGGGCGAAUGCCACGAGAGGCGUGUUCUACUUCGCCGACGACGACAAUACUUAUGAUAUUGAGCUUUUCGACGAGAUCCGCAAGACGAAGACGGUGUCGAUGUUUCCGGUGGGGCUGUGCACCAAGUUCGGAUUGAGUUCGCCCAUCCUGAAGAACGGCAAGUUUGCCGGGUUUUACGACGGCUGGGUGGCCGGUCGGAAGUUCCCGGUGGACAUGGCCGGAUUCGCCGUGAACGUCAAGUUCCUGCAUCAGCGACCCAACGCCAGCAUGCCGUUUCGCGCGGGUUACGAGGAGGACGGCUUCCUGAAGAGCCUGGCACCGUUCGAGCCGCGAGACGCUCAGCUUCUGGCGGAUAAUUGUACCAAGGUGCUCGCCUGGCAUACGCAGACGAAGAAGAACGAGCCGAGCGCGGCGUUGGACAUGAAGCUGUACGGCUCGACGAAUCUGGUCAAGCUCAAGCAGCAGAUAGUAUGAUGCCGACGACGACAUACGUCGUCGAGGACUCGAAUCUGAAUCUUGUGUGAUCCCGCCGCCCCUCCUUCGCACUAGUUCAUCGGAUAUCACACUCCAAGGGAAUUCCUAGGUGCGGAAAAACUGUGCGAUUCAGUGCCUAAAGUAUUUGCCCUCUCUCUCUAUCGGUUGAGAGCGGGACCGUUAUUAUUACCUUUAAGCGUAGCCGAUAAAACGAUCGUUUUUUUAUCAGCUUUUACACAUCCGCAACAACUAGUUCACCCCAAAGAUCCGCCUUUAGUUUGAGAAAGGAAACUGCGGGGGGAAAAGUAGAAUCCAGAGUGACGCUUUAGUCGCAGCGUAACGAUAGAAAUUUACGCUUAGACAGUUCGAAAUCGUUUCUCUUUUCUUAUUUUCUAGCAUUUUCGUUUCCGUAAAAACGUGAAAAGAGAGUCGAAUUUCUUCGUUGGAAUAAUCGACAAAAAUACGAGGUAGUUACUAAUCGAAGGUCGUGCGUCAUUUCUAAAUAUCGCGUAUAAAUAUCGAGAGAAGUCGCACACUUUGUAGAUGAACGACCAAAGAAAGCAAACGGGUCAUUCGCUGUAACGCUAAGCUCUUGUUAUCUUUAUUCUACUUAAGGGAUUUGUCCCGUGUGAAUUUGACAAAUAUAUAUUCUCUAUUCCAUUCUAUUCCAUUAGCAAAGUUCCAUUCCUAAACUUGCUCUUAUAUAAGACGCGAGGUCAAAGAUGAUUUGACGAAGAAAAACAAAAAAGAGUGAAAAAUAUUUGAAUCAUGUCGAUCACGCGACUUUACUUUUAGGUGAUUUUACGCUCCUCGAGUUCACGGUUGAUCUAUCUCUCAGCUCGUGAACCUGAUACCGUUCGUUAAUGUAGUUACCAUGAUGUUUAACGAUCGUUGGAUCGUCAUCUAAUCCUGCCCCGCCUCUUUACACGAUUAGCAAGUAUAGAUGAUUAUGAGGUAGAGAGUUAAAGCAAGUCUCUUAAUAAGAACUCCUCGUACUUUCAAGAUUAUACAAAUAUUCAAUAUUAUACUCAAAAGAUUACAAAAGAAUAAAUUUAAAGCGUUAAAAUGUGUACGUGAAAGUCGAAAUUUAAUAUUUGAAAAUUUGCCGACAGAUUAGAAAUUAUUACGAGGACUUCUGAUUAAGAAAAUUUCUUCGAUAGAUAUUUCCAAUUGAAAAAUGUGAAGUUUGGAAUGCAUGAGAUAUAUAUUGUAUAUUUCGCUAAAUAUUUUUUAUUUACAUAGAGCUUUCUUUAGGAAUUAUUUUCUUAUAUUCUUUAGGAAUCGCGGUUACAAUAUAAAUCUAAAUAAAAAAAAAAAAAGAUUGCAUAUCGUUAUCAUUAGUCCGAAUAAAAUCAGAAUAAUGUGAAAAGUUAAUUUAUACGACUGAACAACAAGAAUAUUUAUGUAUGCUAUAAAUAUUACUUACUACAAGUAUUUUCAACCGUCUUUGACUGAAUAGGAAUACUUUUAAUUAAAUCGCGUUCUUGAGUUACUUUUUUAUUUUCAUUAUAAUUUGUUCAUUUCAUCAACACAUUAAUUAUUAUCACAUUGUGAGAUUAUUAACAAAAAUAACGGAUAUAAUCAAACGAAGUAUUGCGUUAUCGUGCGUGCGUGCGUGCGUGUUUACGUGUGUAUAGGAAAUAUGUACUUUCUAGAAAGACAUGAUAUUUAAAGCUACAUUUGACUCUUCUUGCACAAUAUAGUUCGCGCGAGUCGCGCUUUUAAAGACCCGAUCUCUUUUAGGAUUAAAAAAACCUAGGAAAUAAGAAAGCUACGCACCGAGUGCAAAAUCCAAAGAAUUACAUAUUAAUCACAUAUUCAUCUGUGUGGAGAUUAUGAAAAAAGAUCGAGGUAUCGAAUCACGACGUACAGUGGAACUUUGAUAUAAAUCCAUUUCUGUGAAAUUUCCAUCUCUGUGAAUACUUUCGUUACUAUAACAUAUCGCUAUCAAAAAAUUCGACCAAUGUUGGAUCAAAUAUACAACCUUAUCUAAUUUCCUACAACUUUUUUCUCAUAUACAAAUAUUUCAAAUAUAUUAUAUUACAACAGUUUAUUUAAAAGUAGAAUAUAACAUAGUUAUUUUAAACGAGCAACUCUCGUAUUUUAAAUUUAAUUGUAUAAAGUCAUUGAUUAGAGUAAUUAUCUCGAUCGGCUUAAUUAAUUCUUAGAUAUUAGGAGUGUUCUGCUGUACAAACGCUCGAAAAGCUAUGAAAAGAUAAAAAGAAGAGCUUUCUUGUUACAUUUCAUAUCUUGUACUGUUAGUUAGUAUUACUUAUCUAGAAAUAUCCUCGAUCAUAGAUCUAAAAUCGAUAUCGAACAAUUUCAUGUCGUUUAGUUAAAUCAGAGUGCCGAUAUAACUUAGAUUUAAUUUAAUAGAAAUGACAUUUUUCGACACGAAUAUAAUUUUCUUUUCUCCACGACACUUUGAUUUUCCGAUAUGAUUUCGCGAUCUUUUUAUCUACUCUAUCUAACGUGUGACGCUUUAUAGCGAUAGACUCCAGCGCGUGGAUGAUAAUAAAAUUUAUCGCUAGAGCGUGAACUAUAUCGUGUCUUUAUGACACCAAAACUUGAGAAACUAUAUAUCUAUGCGUUAAAAUUGCACUAUGCAUAAAUCGAUUAAAUGUCGAAAGCGUAAAGAUAACUCCCAAUCACAUAUCCUGCUGGAAUGUGCGGAGGAUUAUGUACAGAAAAUAUUUACGUUCCAGAUUGAUCUAUACGGAUACGGUUCGCGCAAUAAAUUCACGACAAGCAAUACGUGCGAUCUUCGUGCGAUUAGAUUGUAGAGAGAGAAAGAGAAUGAGUGAGUGGGAGAGGCAGAGAGAGAAAUGAAUGAUUAUCUUUGUUUUAUUAAACGGUUCGAAAUGUGUCGGGAAUAAAGCGUCUUGGUUUACAUUUUGAAAAAUUUUAGAGUACUUAGCGCGUUGAUUCGAUACUAUUUGUGAUAUACGAUUGUAUUGUUUUAAAAUAUCAAUUGAAAAACGGCGAAGAUAAGCUGCCGAUGUCUCGUCGCAAGUAAUGCUCAAAGUCCGGCAAUUUAGACGCCGAGUGAUACAAUGUAUAUGCGUGAAUCGGGGAAAAAUUGUAUAUAUACAACUUUUUAUUUCUAAAAAAAAAUAAUUAAGCUUUUGUUAUAUACCCGUAUCCUAUGCAGAUCCGAAAGAAUUGGCGGCCAGCUUUUCGAGAAAUAAAAAAAAUCUAUUAUAUUGAA